AGGCAUGGUACGCUGGAAAUCGUUAGCGCAAUUUUCUCAGUUUUCAUUUUUCUCUUAUAUGAGCCUGAUCCUCGUGGGUGCGAUCCAACUCCGAAGACAGCUCAUACCUAGACCAUGUGGAAUUAAAUUGCUAUCCGUCGCCAACAACGCGAUCGGCCCUUGUGCUGGGGCUGGCCUGGCGCUGGUGGUGUCCGCUUCCUAUCAGCGCACUGCUGCAACGGUUAGUCGAGCGGGAGAAAUUUUCAAGUUCAGUGCUAAACAGCGUGGUCCGUCGUCGUGGCUUGCUUGGUGGGCGCAUGGCAAAAAGUUGCGCCAACAGUCCGUCGUCGAUGGUAGAGUUUAGUAUCGAUUCGAACGCGUCGUUAGUCGGUUGUCCGCGAAAAGUGUGCCCAGUUGAGUGCGACGACAAGCAAAAAACAAAACGGCAGACAGGUGGAAAAUAGUUAACAAAACUGGUGCAAAACCUGGCCGAGAUGGCCUCGAGAGAUAGGUGAUGUGAUAUGCUAGGGGAAAAAAUUGCAUUGGAAUGCUGCAACCAAGUGCUUCCGGGAGAAAAUGGUGAUAUUAAAAAAAAAUGUUAUGAAGUGAAGAUAACCGAUUUCAAUCAUAAGAAAAGCAAAAAGCAAAGUUAAGAUAAACCAGUUGACAAGUGGAAGAAAAUCGAAAAUCAAGAGAUUUGGGAAAAUAAUAGUGAAACAUUAAGUACCAAAAUGAAGUACACACCAUUGCUCCUAUUCCUAGCGAUAAGUGCAACAUGCGCCGAUUACCCACAAUUCAAGCCGAUGAUCAGCGGAAGCUACUCGAAGCCCUCGUUGCUACAUCCGAUCUGGGCCUCCAAGCAGGCCGCCAGCCACGCUGCCCUGAAGCAGUACAUGGUACAGUUGCGAAGCGGCUCUCGGUUGUCACCGGUAGCAGUUCGACCGGCGCCCGCUAUGUUGAUGAGCCUCAAGCGCCCGGUUAAGUCCGUCUUCUCACCAACGUACCCCUUGCUGAAGCAGCCGCUGAUCAAACGUCCGCUCAUAGGAUCGGCCGCCCAGUCACCAUUCGUGCUGAAUCUGAGUUUGAAACCCAAAUUCCAGAGUUCGCCGCCGGGACCGAAAACGGGAGAAAUUGUGUUCGAGAAACUGAAACCGUUGAUUCCGCAGUCGAGCAGUGGACGCUUGACUUCCCCCAAGGACGGAGCGAUUCACACGAUUCCGGCACCGAACCUGGCCGGUAGCAAAGUCAAACCGGUGCACCAGCUGAAGAUUACCUCGUUCGAAGACAGCAACCACCUGGAGAUCGAUAUCCAGAAGCCGACCAAGGCGACGUUCCCCGCCAAGAGCACGUUCGUCGCACCAUCACCUACCUACGCAGCACUUUCGACGCCACAGCCAAUUGCGCCAUUCCAUCACCACCACACACCAUAUCCGCCGGCAACGAUCCAUCAGUACCAGGUUACCGAAGAUCACACCAAUGACGUAACGCUGAAAAAUCCAUUCUCUGGCCAAAAGACCUACUUUGCUCCGGAUCCCGAUCCUUCACUACCGAGUAAAACCUUAACACCCACGUCGGACCCACUCAGUGAACCCAGCAAUGGAAAAUACUUGCCUAAUGAUCUCCUUAUCCAAGCACAAACUCAAGCUCAAACCCAAUACCUCCCUCAGCCUAACACUGCUCCACUGAUACAGAAACCUUAUUAUGAAAUCGUCAACGCAGCUGCUCCACAACCGGGAUACGCCAUCCCGUUGGCCACACAGCCACAACUUCAACAGCACAUUCUUCAACAGACGUCCAUGCUUCAGGGAAUGCCAGUCUCGCUCUACAACCCAACCUAUCUUGUGACCCAGUCCAAUAACCUCUUCAACAAUCAUCAGCAGCAGCUGCAAACGAAUCUUUUCAAGCCCGAGACAAACUUCUUGGGAGCUGUUCAGACUCCACAGCCUGAUCCAGGUAAUCUUGUAUUCAAUUCUUACUCCUACAAGCAUGGCGAACCAGCAGCGAGCACAGGUCAAAUUCUAGCCGCUACACAAGAUCAGCUUCAGGAAUUGCAGACAGCCGUUAGUCAAAUACAACUAAAUGACCUCCAAUCACAACACUCCAACGAUGUUCCAACAUACGCCCAACUCGUUGGCCACGAACAACUUGCUCUGCACCAACAACAGAUUCCUCAGCAGAGUCAGCUUGAACAGCAACUUCAGCAACAGUUGAUCGAGCAACAUGAUAAGGCCUCACGCCACCAACUCACAGAAGGCGAAAUCGCGAACCUUCUAAACUACGGCACCAUAAAUCUGCACAAUCAGCUUUCCUCUAACGAUUACUAUCACUACAACGUUGAUCAAGAACAACAACGUCCACAAUCUGGCCUCCAACAUUAUCAAUCGCCGCAACCUCAGCAAACGUAUUACGAUCUGUCCCAAAGGCAGGCAGAAAAUGAUAGAAUCCUUGCACAAGCUCAGCAAGAUCUGUAUCAACAACAGCAACAUCAUCAACAACAACAGCAACAGCAGCAGCAGCUACAACAACAGCAGCAGCAGCAUCAUCAACAACAACAACAACCUGCUGCAACACCGUCGACGGAUUACCUUCUGGCCUACCAAGAACAUCAGCAAGCCGUUGCAAACGCUCUUGGAGCCACAAAUGAAAUUCAGAACAGCAAACGGGCCACAGAGGAACCGAAAACCACUACAGCUCCACUACGGAUAUUCGUCCCUGAUGCGGAGAAUGACUAUCCAAACAGCGUCAAAGCCCAAAAAAGGAUGGACGAGCUGAAUUACGACUAUGCCGAUGAUGAGGAAGGUGCCAACAUGUUCAACACGGAACCCAGUGCCAGGACAGACGAUGAACAAGCAACUGUGCCAGAAUAUAUGGAGGAACAACUAGUGGAUAGCACAACGAAAGACGACAGAGAAGUCGCCACCGAUAACAUUGAUUACGAAAGCGAAUUCCACCGACCACAGUACAGUAAUCAUCGGACAGAAUAGGUCGAUAGCUACAUGUGGAAGAUGACUCUAUAUACUCAAUAGAAAAUUUCCGUCUUAUUUAAGUCAUGGUCAAUUUUUAGACCAGUCUGCUGUGGUGCUAAAGGGGAAACAUUCGAACGGUUGAAUCGUAUCGGAAUACGAUACGCUACGGGAGCCUUGCUUCAAAAUUUCUAGUGCAACACAUGGCCAAUCCAGUUUAUUUAUUACGAUUCUACAACGUAGGAAGCUAUAGUUAAUGUCUAUUACGACAUUAUUUAUUAUCUGAUUUUAUGAAACGACGCAAGUCUUACAGAACUUAACUUAUUUAUUUUAAUAAAAUGUCUUA